UUGCGCAUGCCCGGCUGGUCGGUGGCGGCAUGGCGGCGGCGAUCGUUCUGUGUUAGCGGAGCGGAAAGCCGCGAGGGAGAGUUCAACUGAGAACGGCGAGGUCGAAGAAAGUCUGGUGGGGUGCGGGGGACACGCUAACUGGAAGUCUGUAGGAGCCAGAGUUGUUUCGAGAUUGAGUCGAACUGGGCCGCCAUGUCGGUGUUUCACGAUGAGGUGGAGAUCGAGGAUUUCGAGUUCGAUGAGGAGACGGAGAGCUAUUAUUACCCGUGUCCGUGCGGGGACAAGUUCGUCAUUAGUAAGGAAGAUCUGGAAAAUGGAGAAGAAGUUGCAACAUGUCCAAGUUGUUCUUUGAUUAUCAGAGUCAUUUAUGAUAAAGAUCAGUUCAUGUCUGGAGAAUUAGUGGAAACAGUGACCACGGAUAAAUUGGAGAAAUUGAAAUGCUGAUUUUGAAGAGGCUGUAGUUGACUAUGCUUUUUAAAGGACUGGCCACUGGAUUAUGAAUCAAGACGUACAUGAAAAUGAAUUACAUUAGUCAAUGCAGGAAUUAACUGGAUUCAUGUAUACAUUUGCUAUGCAAAUUACAUGCAAUGACAGAUCGUACAAUGUAUAUUGCAUAACAGUUUUAUAAUAUGAUUCUUCAGAAGUUUACACUUUUCAGUGGGGGUGAAACACAAAGGAAACACUAGGUCAAUAAAUUUAUGACUGGGGCUUUCCCAACAGAAAACUGGAAACAAUGGUUUGGUUCUUGUUUCUGGAUAUCAUUUUAGUUUUGUCAAGAUGUUGCUGAAUGAAGUUUUUAAAAUUAAAGGUGUGCUUCUGGAGAUGAUCAACUACUAUUUUAUACAGGAAGACAAAAUAAACCCUUUGACUUGCUUUGGCUGAAGCAAGUUCAGCAGUAAAUUAUUGCUCCUGAAUGUGUUCAUAAAACGUGCAAUUAUAUUUAUUUUAAAGAAUUUGCUUUUGUGGAAAGUUAAAAUGCAGAAAUGAAGUAAUGAUUUAUUCAAUAACGUUUGAUAUAUGCACAAAUCUUUAAAUUGUUUAUUGAAACUUUAAAUGUGUUUGGUGGUACAGUACUUGUUGCUGUUGCAUUGGCCUUGUUGGUUCCUGAACUGACAAAUUAGAAAACACCUGUAUAAACGACCUACUGCUCAUAGAUCUCCACUUCAAAGAAAAUGUUCAUGGUGAUCAUGCAUAAGAAUAAAUGUAAUACUUUUG